AUGGAUGCCUGGAUAGUAUCAAUCUACGUAUAUCCCAACGAAUGCCUGGUCGGCGUACAGGAUAUUAAGAGCACGCAAACCAUUCCACGCCUUUACAGACCUGAGAGGAUGUUCUCCGUGGUCACUGGUAUCCUUACAGCUAUUAAUGUUGCGAGUGCCAUUAAAAUAGAGCAGCGUGCUCUUAGAAAGGACUUCGUACCUCCAGAAGUUUACAACAGAAAUCUUUCGAAAGCUGUGAGUUCACGAUAUAUAGUGCCGAUCGAACAGCUCAGGGAUAGGGAUGAGCAAGUACGCUUUGAAGGACGGGUUAUGGAUCCAUGCGAGUGCGCAACCAGCCAAUUCAGCCGGACGCUUCAGUCACGAUGUGAUGUAGAGCAAUACAACCUCUUCCGCGGAAGCUUCUUCAUGAAAAACGUGAGUCGAAUGUGGACAUGCGAGAGCCUUAACGCAGCAGCUCACAGCAAAAUCGAUAAUAUGCUCACCAACAGAAAGUGGAGUUUGCUGGAUGUCAGUGUGGUAGAUGCAUUCCGCACCGGAAGCCGACACAGGUCUCGGGACCGGGCUAAGUUGGCCUUCCGAGCGAAUCCGACUAUGGAUGCCUGGAUAGUAUCAAUCUACGUAUAUCCCAACGAAUGCCUGGUCGGCGUACAGGAUAUUAAGAGCACGCAAACCAUUCCACGCCUUUACAGACCUGAGAGGAUGUUCUCCGUGGUCACUGGUAUCCUUACAGCUAUUAAUGUUGCGAGUGCCAUUAAAAUAGAGCACGAAAAUGAAAAGUUCAUACAUUUGAUUGACAUCGGAGCAGCAGUUGAACGAGCCAAACCAAUCGACAUCCGCAAGAUAGUGCUGGUUUCUGCAAAAGAAUGUGGUAGUGCUGUUGAAUCAACAGGCACUUAUACGCCGAGUUUCGAAAUCGCCGCAGUCUACCAUACGGACGACAAUGGUGUGAUCGACAGUGGUGCUGCAUUACAAGGCCCAGUUCUGGAGGAUCAAACAAGCGGAAAGUAUCACUUGGUGAUUGGAUUAAGGCCACGUUAUGUGUCUGCCGAGUACCCAGUAUUCUACUACUACAAAUCGAAUAUCUUGGAAGUGGAAGACGCGAAGUCUACUUCCGAACCGUACCUGAUGAAAGGCGAAGGAUUCAUGUUUGGAACCAUUACAGUGAAAGUAAACGGAAGAAUGGACGCGAAGUCUACUUCCGAACCGUACCUGAUGAAAGGCGAAGGAUUCAUGUUUGGAACCAUUACAGUGAAAGUAAACGGAAGAAUGGUG